AUGGCGGAUAUCGAGAAGUACAACCCAGCUGAGGUGACGAUGGGUGCUGACGAGAUCUCGUUCUCCGUCAUCUCUGUUAUUACGGGGACUUCGUCUUUGUUCCUCUUCGGCUUGACCACCGGAGGCCCCGCAGUGAUGGUUUGGGGUUGGGUCGUAGUUGCGUUUUUCACAAUGAUCGUUGGAUUGGCUAUGGCGGAAGUAUGCAGCAGCAUCCCCACUUCUGGUGGGCCGUACUUCUGGUCCUCCCGCGUUGCAAAGGGGAGAUAUUCUGCGUUUGCUGCGUGGAUGACAGGGUGGUUCAAUUUGCUUGGACAAGUGGCCGUAACGACCGGUAUUAGCUUUGCUUGCGCGACCUUUAUCUCAACGGUAGCAACAAUCAAGAGCAGCUACGUGCCGAAUUCAAGGAAGACAAUUGGAAUAUACGCUGCUGUUUUGAUUAGUCAAGGCCUCAUGAAUACCUUCGGCAUCCAUCUUCUUGGCUUCUUCAACCAGCUCAGCAUCUUCUGGCAUGCUAUUGGGACCACAUCACUUGUAAUAGCUGUCCUUGCCAAAGCGCCAACCCAUCAGUCUGCGAAAUUCGUCUUUACAACUUUCUAUGACGGUACAGGGUGGGGAGACCGAGCCUCACACGCCUAUGUGGCGAUUAUUGGUAUUCUGAUGGCUCAGUAUACCCUCACCGGAUUUGAUGCCAGUGCACACAUGUCAGAAGAGACGCACAAUGCUUCUACCUCCGGUUCAUGGGGUAUCGUCACCUCUAUUGGAGUCUCGGCUCUGCUCGGAUGGUUCCUUCUGCUCGGCCUUUUGUUCUCGAUACAGAAUUAUGAUACGACCCUCGCUUCUUCAACGGGCCAGCCCAUUGCUCAGAUAUUUAUUGAUACUGUUGGGAAAGACGGUGCCAUUGUACUGAUGGUUAUUAUCAUCGUUUCCAUGUAUCUCUGUGGGCUUUUCUCGGUGACUUCGAACUCUCGAAUGAUGUAUGCCUUUUCCCGAGACGGUGCUCUUCCUGGGUCGACGUUCUGGCAUAAUGUCGACCGCCGUACUCAUUCACCCAUUAGAACCGUAUGGUUGGCCAUAACACUGAGUUUCUGCCUGGGUCUGCCUUCGCUAGGAUCGGCUGUCGCUUUUACGGCCGCAACAUCCAUCGCCACGAUUGGUCUUUAUAUAUCGUAUGGUAUUCCGGUCUUCCUGCGUCUGAUCAACCACACGCAUUUUCAGAAGGGACCAUGGCACCUUGGCAAGUGGUCCCUCCCGAUAGCUUUCACCGCUACUGCGUGGAUCAUUUUCAUCACGAUCGUUUUUAUGCUUCCUCAAGUGAGUCCAGUCACAAGUAAGACGCUUAAUUACGCUCCUGUUGCUGUGGGAGUUGUGGUUGUGUAUUCUGUCGGGUUCUGGUUACUAAGCGCGAGGAAGUGGUUCACGGGACCUAUCAGGCAGAUCGAAACAGUCCAGACUGAGCAGAGCCUUCGAUCAUACAUUGUUUUCCGUCUACUGCUGCUCCCCGUCCUGUUUUCUCUGGAUUGCAGUCAAGAUGGUGUUAUGCCUCUCAUUGAUGUCCUGCAGAUUAUUGCUGUAACCAAGGUUCACAUCCUUGUCGGACGAAUUACAUCGUCCUAUCGGUCGAUAGCUUGGAGGGCGUGUGAUUGUGCCGGUCCCACCUACAGGAGUCACUGA